AUGUCUAUAUCACUAUUUGUAUUGAUUGGAUUUAUCUAUUAUGUUUUAGCUGCACCAACUGCAAAUGAGCCGCUUCAAAUUGUUACUGCUCGUGCUGAUACUUCACGAUCUUUUUCAGUCGACAAACAUGUUGAUAAAGUCCUUUCGUUUUGGACUGACGAUAAACUGAAAGCAGCACGACCAGUGAUGCCAAACCGUAAGCUUAACGCUCAAUCGAUAACAAAACUGCAGCCAAUAACGAAUGGCCCACUUGGCUUCGUCGAUGGAACAAUUGGAUCAUUACAAAAGGCAGCCGUAGAAGCAGGAAUUGUUUCAGGAAUAGAUCAAAAUGAUCCCUCAAGCAGAAAAGUUUUUAGCGGUACAGGACGUCAUACAUAUACAGUUGGGAAAAUUUUUUGGAAUAUAACUGCGAACAGUUAUGGAAUAUGCUCAGGUACUAUUGUUACAGCUGGAAAUAAAGAUACAAUUGUCACAGCUGGUCACUGUUGCUAUGAUCAUGAUGCAAAGAAAUGGCGUAUCAAUCAGAACUUUAUUUUUAUUCCCGGCUACAAUAAUGGAGCUCAACCAUAUGGUAAAUGGGCGGCUCGAGCUAUGACAGCAUAUAGUUCCUGGACAGUUAAUCAAAACUACAACUAUGAUGUUUGUUUUGUAAACCUUUAUACAAAUUCUAAAGGUCAACAUAUUCAAGCGUUACAGGGUUCAGAAGGUCUCGGUUAUAACUAUCCACGAAAUGCACUGACAUAUUCAUUUGGUUAUCCAUACAAUUUGCAACAAGGUCAAGUCAUGCAAUAUUGUUCCGNUAUAUACUGA